AGGGUUUGAGUGAGAACCUGGUCCUUCCUCCUGGCUGAAGGCCCUUCUAGGGCUUGGUCUUCAGAGGUGGCCGCACCCAGCCCCGUUGAGGAAUCAUAGUGCACUGAAGUAGAACAGGGACUGCUUGGCAGAGGACACUGCCUGAGAAUGAGUCUGCUGAUGUUCAAUGACGAAAAUGUCGCCGAUGACAAAAGUGCAGAAAACUGCAACUUCCUGUUUUCACCACCGGAACUUAGUGGAAGAUUGCCUGUUCUCCGUCUGUCACAGAAAGAAAAUGUGCCACCCAAGAGCGUAGCCAAAGCUAUGAAGGUGACUUUUCAGACACCUCUGCGGGAUCCACAGACGCACAGGAUUUUAAGUCCUGGCGUGAGCAGCAAACUUGAGGCUUGUUUGGCUCUGGGGGACACCACUGGAUUAGAAAACGCUCAUCCAGUCUGGACCCAAAAAGAGAACCAACAGUUCCCGGGGGAAGUGGACACCACGGGGGCUGGUGGAAUUGCCCCGAAACCUGUGCUUGCUGAUGCCCACCCCCCUGCAGAGGACGUGACACCGGCCUCCGAAGACAGGCCUUCCAGCGGGCCCGCUUCCGCUCCCCAGUCCCUCCUGGACCCCUCCAGCUGUCCCCACACCCCGGCGAGUCUUGAAAAUCAGAUGGCAUCUCCACAAGGAACAUCUGACAGCCCUGAGCAAGUCGUGGAGGAAAACCUUGGUUCUUACUCCCUAGAAAAAGCCAUUACAUCCACCUGUGAAAUUCUAGAAGAUGCUCCCAGCAUCACAGCUGCAAACAGAACAGAGGACCCUCACAGAGCCGCAGGAGAAAGCUCAGAAGGACCCCUUGCUUCCUUGGCCAGAGCCCCUUUGCCGCCUGGUACUCACCCCAAAGCAGCCCUCGGAGAAGACCCCCUCGCAGACCUGCCUGGCGCCCUGGCCAGCCCUGAGGACACUUCUGGUCCUGAGAACACUGCCCUGGCCAGCCCUGAGGACACUUCUGGUCCUGAGAACACUGCCCUGGCCAGCCCUCUGAAGGCUGGAGGGGCCACAGCCCCAAGUCCUCAGAGGGAGGAGACCAGCGGCCACACAGCUGGCUCUCCGAGGAACGGGCCCAUAAGGCUAGAAUUUGACUUUUCUGAUGAUGCUGCCAGCAGAAGGCCAGGGCCACCAAGGAAACGGGGGAAGAGACCAGAGGCAAGGCCGGGAAAGGCCCCCGAGGAGGCAGACGAGGGUUCCAUUCCUCCUUCCCAGGGGUCUUACCACCUAGACUGGGACAAGCUGGAUGACCCAAACCCAUUCGGAGAUGGCGGAGAGGCUCGGCCCCCAGAAUGCCCCCAGGGCAGGCCAGAGGGACCUGGGGCUGCGGGGGAUUCACCUCUGAGCCAGCAGGUGCCUCCAGCCUCCGCAGAUAGCACACCUGUGAUGCAGACCACAGCAGGGACCUCGGGAACGGUGGGCGAGGAGGGAACCGUGACUUCUGCAGAGUCAGCUGCUGCUCCCCCCAGCAGUUCGGCCAGUGAGCCCACAGCCUCACCUGCUGACCCAGCACCCCCUGCUCUGCAGGGGCCAGAACCUGCCUCAGACCUGAGUGAGGAGCACUUCCGAGACCCAGCUGAGGUCCUAGGCACGGGGGCCGACGUGGACUACCUGGAGCAGUUCGGGACGUCCCUGUUUCAGGAGUCAGCCCUGAGGAAGCAGUCCUUAUACCUGAAGUUCGACCCGCUCCUGAAGGACAGUCCUCAGAGACCGGAGCCUGCGGCCCCCAAGACCAGCAGUACCCAGGAUGCCCACGCCCCUUCCUCGGGAAGCCCACCCGAGGCCACACUGGUGGACCUGGACUUCCUGGGAGCACCAGACCUUCCUGUGCCCGGUCCCCCUCCGUGUGUCUUCGGGCCUGGGGGCCCUAUCGUGGACAUGCUGCAGUACACCCAGAAGGACCUGGACGCAGCGGUGGAGGCAACACAGAAGGAGAACCUGCAGCUGAGGAGCCGGUGUGAGGAGCUGCACCAGAAAAACCUGGAGAUGGGGAAGGUCAUGGAUGGGUACGAGAGCUUCAUGUACCAGGCGAUGGAGGAGGCUCAGAAACAGCAGGAACUUGCCAAAGCCCAGAUCCAGAAGGUUCUGAAAGAAAAAGACCAGCUGACCGUGGAUUUGAGCUCCAUGGAAAAGUCCUUCUCUGAUCUCUUCAAGCGAUUUGAGAAGCAGAAGGAGGUGAUCGAAGGCUACCGCACGAAUGAAGAGUCCCUGAAGAAGUGCGUGGAGGACUACAUCGCCAGAGUCCAGAGGGAGGGCCAGAGAUACCAAGCGCUGAAGGCCCACGCGGAGGAGAAGCUGCGGCUGGCCAACGAGGAGAUUGCUCAGGUCCGGAGCAAGGCCCAGGCAGAGGCGCUGGCCUUCCAGGCGAGCCUGAGGAAGGAGCAGAUGCGUGUCCACUCGCUGGAGAAGGCCGUGGAGCAGAAGGCGAAAGAGAACGAUGAACUGACCAGAAUCUGUGACGACCUCAUUUCCAAGAUGGAGAAGAUCUGACCUGGGGUCGACCCUGCGCCCACCGCCUCCUGUCUGUCUGUCUGUCUGUUUGUUUGACUGUCUGUCUCUUAGAAGGUUUCAUGUGCUUUUUUCUCUUCUAACCUCAGCUAGUUUUAAAACAAGAUUGCUUUAGAAAUAAGACUAAAGUUUUAUUUCACUUUUGUGCUAAAGUUGGUUUCUUUUGAUUACAACCAAGCUUUUGCCAGGCUGGUGUGGUUCACUGGUUGAGCAUCGACCCCUGGACCAGGAGGUCACCAGUUUCAUUCCCGGUCAAGGCACUUGCCCAGGUUGU